AUGGGAGAAAACAAUCACAAAGACCAAAAGCCAAUUUCGUAUGAGAAAUCCAAUAAACCCAUUUUUUCGUCUUAUGCUUCUUCUUCUUCUUCUUCGCCAUGCUCGUUUACGGCGAUCAUCAUCAUCCUGAUCUUCCUCUCCUAUUUCUUAUACUCAUUCAGUUUCAUAUCAUUUUUAAACCCGUAUUCUCCUUCUAGAAUCCCCAAUUCUCUCCUCGUACCCGUCAUCCGACUCGGGUCGGGUCAGAGACCGGAGGAGAAAACAGAGCUUAAGCACGUAGUAUUCGGAAUCGCCGCGUCCUCUGAUCUGUGGAGGCAUCGGAAACAAUACGUGAAAACAUGGUGGAGACCAAACGGAGAGAUGAAAGGCGCCGUUUGGCUCGACGUGUCCGUCAACGAUUCCGUUUCUUCACCUUCCUCUCCCUUGCCUCAGAUCAAAAUAUCCUCCGACACGUCGAGUUUCAAGUACCGUCACCGCAACGGUCACAGAUCAGCGAUCAGGAUCACCAGAAUCGUGUCGGAGACGGUGAGGAUGCUGAACGGAACUGAAUCUGAGAAAGACGUGAGGUGGGUGGUUAUGUGUGACGACGACACUGUGUUUUUCCCGGAUAAUCUGAUCAGGAUUUUGAGAAAGUACGAUCACAAACAGUUCUAUUACAUCGGAGCUCCGUCGGAGAGUCAUUUGCAGAAUCUGCAUCAGUUUUCGUACGGAAUGGCGUACGGAGGAGGUGGCUUCGCGAUAAGCUAUCCGUUGGCGAAGGUCCUGGAGAAGAUGCAAGAUCGGUGCAUCGAGAGAUACUCCGAUCUGUACGGAUCCGAUGACCGGAUUCAUGCUUGUAUGGCGGAGCUCGGUGUUCCUCUCACUCGUGAAAAUGGUUUUCAUCAGUUUGAUGUAUACGGGAAUCUCUUGGGUCUAUUAUCGGUCCAUCCACAGACGCCAAUAGUCUCAAUGCAUCACCUAGACGUAGUCGAGCCUAUAUUCCCAAAAACGGACCGUGUCAGUGCCAUUAAGAGACUCAUGAUCCCAGCAAAACUCGAUUCAGCUAGCCUUUUCCAACAGUCGAUAUGUUACGACACAAGCCGACAAUGGACAAUGUCUAUCGCGUGGGGAUACACGGUCCAUAUCACACGCACGUACAUGCCAGCAAGGAUGAUGGAAAUGCCCACUCGCACUUUCAACGACUGGCACAAACGUCGUGACUUCACCAAUCUUGCUUUCAACACACGUCCCAUAACUUACACCGAUUGUCAACGUCCACGUGUGUUUUAUUUGUCUCGUGUGCUCAACGAUUCUUCUUCGGACAUGACGCUUAGCGAGUAUUUGAGGCACAACGAGUGGAAUCCUAAAUGCAACUGGGGAAUCCAAGACCCUUCUGAUAUUAAUCGGAUUUUCGUCUACAAAAAGCCUAACCCGGAUAGGUGGAAUAAGGCUCCAAGGAGAGAUUGUUGUAGAGUAGUGCCUACAACGAAGAAGGGAACUAUGGUGAUCAAUGUCGCACCUUGUGCAAAUGAUGAAAUUGUUGCCUAUUCUGAUAAAUAG